AUGGAAGCACAGAAUACGAAUACUCAGAUUCAAGGGAGACAGAUUGAUGAAAUCCUCCCUGUAUCAAGACCAGAGAGAUGGUGUUUCACUGAUGGUUCAUGGAAAGACAAAGAGAAAGCCUCAGGACAAGGUUGGUAUAGUACUCUAGAAGGUUUUGAUAGUUUAAUGGGAGCAAGGAAUGUCAGAGCGAGUCUCUCUCCCCUUCAUGCUGAAGUCGAGGCGCUGAUAUGGGCAAUGGAAUAUGGCCCUGACGGUCCAUUCUACCAAGAAGGAUCAAUCCCCAGAGUGAUGAGAGUUGAGAGCAAGACUGAUUUACCCACAUUCUUGAACGAUCUGCAUAGAGUCACUGGGUUUGAUAAGGCUAAGUUCCAGAUUGAUUUGAUUGGUAGAUACCCUUCCAUCGUUCAACAAUCCCUUGUCAAGUAUAUGCGUUUGCCCAUUGUAGAUGAUUCUAGUCUUGAGACAAUGCUUGAGGUUCCAAGCUACCAUCCUUCCAUCACCAACAUUGAGUUGUAUAUAGAGGUCAAACCGCUGGUUUCUGAUGGGUCUAGAAAGCGCAACCGGCAAGAAGAUUCUAUUGUUGAUGCUGAUGUAAAUGCCAAUCUUAGAGAUAGCAGUGACAGGUGGACUGAAGAUGGAGAGAGCACAGAGGACAGAAACUGUGGAGAUGGUGGGGCUGCAGAGAAAAUUCCACAUAAGAAGAAGCUGUUGAUUUUGUCUAGCUCAUGGCUCGAUGAAAGCGAGUUACAAAUAGGGAUGCUUUUCAGAGACAAAGAAGAGCUGGAUAACGCAGUGAAGCUCUACUCUGUGAGAAGGCAAAGAGAGUAUCAUGCAUACGAAUCUUCAGCUACUUUUGAGUGCAAGAAUGGCGGCUGCGGAUGGAUUCUCAAGGCAGCUGAAACGAAGAAAGGAACUGGCUUCAAGAUAACUAAAUACAGAGGUCCACAUACCUGUAAGCCAUCAGAUGUGUGCUCAGAUUUUCUGGCGGGUGAGCUCCAAGGACUAAUAAAGGCUCAGCCUUCACUCUCUACCUCGGAGUUGAUCAAGUGGGUGAAAGAAGAGUUUGGCUACACAGUCUCUGGUGAUAAUAUGUGGGAAGCUAAAAAGAAAGCCAUCACUUCAAUCUUGGGAGAUUUGGACAAGAGUUUUAGCGUGUUGCCCAAGUUCAUGGAUGCUCUUUCCUCAUCUAACAAGAUGGUAACGGACUUGCAAUACUCUCUUUCUCCUGAUCAUCCUAAAGAAGCAUCGUUUCGUUCUGUGUUUUGGGCGUUUCAGCAGUCGAUCAAAGGGUUUCCUCACUUAAGACCAAUGAUCAUGGUUGAUACGGUGGAGCUGAGCAGUAAACACUCUGGAAAACUGUUGGUAGCUGCUGGAUUCGACGCCGGAAACAGACUUUACCCACUUGCGUUUGCGAUUGUUGUUACUCAAGAAAGCUUUUCAACAGAAGAGUCUUGGCGUUGGUUCUUUGAAUGCAUCAGAAAGAAAGUAACGCAGAGGGAAAGUCUUUGUCUGAUAACAAGUCCGGAUCCUGAGAUAAUUUCAGCUCUCAACGAAGAACCUGAAUGUCGUCAGUGGGCACAACACAGGUUCUGUCUCAGGCAUCUCUGCUUAAAGUUUUACCAAGUUUUCCAUAGUAAUCUCAUGACAGAGCUUGUUUACAAGGCUGGAUCCUCAAGGUACGUAUCAAGUUUUGAUUACUACUUGAAAAAGAUCGAAAAGAUGAAUCCAGAGGCUAAAGAAUGGUUAGAUCAGUUACCUAGGCAGCAAUGGGUGCUGGCUUAUGACGAUGGUGGGAUCAGGUUCGGGAUCAUGGAGACAAACUCGAUCUUUACUACUUACGGUUUCGUUAACAAAGCUCUUGAUCUUCCGUUUACGACCUGCGUCUUGUUGAUAUUCGAUCACUUGGCAGAGGUUUUCAAAACUCGUCGUUGUCUUAUCAGCGAAUCAGUGAAAAGAGGAGACAAGUACGUUAAGCGCGUCGUGACAAAGCUUGACGAGUACGCGGUAGCCUCUAGAGCACACAGUGUGUUACAAGUAGACCAAACCGGACAACGGUUUCAGGUGACGGAAGGGGUGAAAGUUGGAAAGAAACGGUAUUUUGUUCAUCUCGGGGAUGGGGUUUGCGCGUGUGGGGUGUGGCAACUCUGCAAGUAUCCGUGUUCUCACGUCUUGGCUGUUUGCAGGAAGCUUAAUAAUAUUGAUCAUUUGCAGUAUGUUAAUGACUACUACAGUACACAACAUUCUCUUGAAGUUUAUGCAGCUGGCUUUAAUCCGGUUCCAGGAGUCUCUGAUUGGCCGGAAGCUACUGAGUUUCCAAGACUGGUUCCUCCGGGAAGUCGCCCGGAUGUCCGGACAGUGAGUCAGUGA